CUUCUUUUUUUUUUCUCAAAUUAAACAAAUGGGUUUGGUGGUUGCACAAGAGUAAUAACUAACCAAAGUAAAAAGCUUGAUUCUUGUUGUUGUUGUUGCUGUUGAUUCUUAGUUAAGUAAGUAAAAUUUUCAGUGAGAGUCUUAAGAGAGAGAGAGUUGUUGUCUGAAACGAUGUCACUUUCUGUCGGCAUUGUCUGCGUUCCGACACAAGACUUGAUUUCUUCUUCUUCUUACCCUUUACCUUCGAGUUCUAGAAGAAACUGCGGCGGUUUGAUUUGAUGUUUCAUUGCUCUUCUUCUUCUUCUUCUUCUUGAUAAUCCCUUUUCCAUUUUCACACAAAGCUUCUGAUUAGAAAAAGAAUUUGAUUUCUUGAAUCUGCCGAUUUUAAGGAAUGUGGGGAAUCACGUCAUCGAUUGUUGAAUUUUUGUGAUAUUUAAUCGCCGAUGAAGUUGAGAUUUUCUGGAGAUCUGUCAAGGGUUAUCGCAUGGUAGUAGUAGCUUGGAGCAUCGGUGAGAAAAAGAGAAAGAGAGAGAGGGGCUGUUUUGUUUUCCAAAUGUCAGCAAUUCUUGCAGCUGCCAUUGGUGGUGCUGUAGGAGCUCUUGCAUUGAUUGCUUUGUUUGUUUUUCUCCUUUGGUUUUGUGUCUUUCGUCGUAAGAAUCUGUCAAGAACUUCUGAGACUGGCUCUUCUGAUCCAUCUACUCAAGAAGGAAGAAAUGUUGCAAUUGAGUUAUCAAUGAGAGAAGCUAGAAGAUUUGAAAUGGAGGAACUUGCUCAAGCCACAAAGAGUUUUACCAAUAAAAGUCUUAUUGGUAUUGGCAAAUUCGGCGAGGUUUACAAAGGUUUGCUUCAAGAUGGUGUUCUUGUAGCUAUCAAGAAAAGACCUGGUUUGCCUACACAAGAAUUCGUUAACGAGGUUCGUUACCUAUCAUCUAUCCAUCACCGUAAUCUUGUUACUCUUUUGGGGUUUUGCCAAGAAAGUAACACACAGUUUCUUGUCUACGAGUAUGUUCCUAAUGGAAGUGUUUCCAGUCACCUGUACGGUGCUGGUGGUAAAGUACCUGGAAAUAGACUAGAAUUCAGACAUAGGCUUGCAAUAUCUAUAGGAGCUGCUAAAGGCUUGGCACAUCUUCACUCGUUGAGUCCUCGAUUGAUACACAAGGACUUCAAAACCGCUAAUGUUCUGGUGGAUGAAAAUUUCAUUGCUAAGGUUGCGGAUGCAGGAGUUCGUAAUUUCUUAGGAAGAGAGGAAGUUGGUACAUCGUCUCACAUUGUUGCAGAUCAGAUUUUCCUCUCCCCAGAGGUUCAAGAGUUCAAAAGAUUUUCAGAGAAAAGUGAUGUCUAUGCUUUUGGUGUAUUCCUCUUGGAAUUAGUAAGUGGAAGAGAAGCAUCAGAACCAUCCCCUUCAAGCUCAACGCAAACUCUAGUUGAAUGGAUGCAAAACUUAACGGAUUACGCAGAUAUACCAGUGAUGAUCGAUGAGCGACUAGGAGGUACAUACACAGCAGAAGGAGUUGAGGAGCUUAUUACAUUGACACUAAGAUGUGUUGAUGUAUCAAGUGAAAAGAGACCAACAAUGAGUUUUGUUGUGACAGAGCUUGAGAGAAUAUUGGAUAAGGAAGUGAGCUUAACAACAGUAAUGGGUGAAGGUACUCCAACUGUUACUCUUGGAAGUCAGCUUUUUAAAGCAACCAAGUGAUUAUAAAGGAACCAUCUUUUUACAUAUAUAUAUAUAUAUAUACAUAUAUAUAUAUUAUAAGAUCUCUGAGACAAAAACCAAUCAGAGAACUUAAGGAGGAGGAAGAAGAAGAAGACUGAUCAGCUGUUUUGUGUUAAGUGUAUAAAGAACAGCUGAGCUUAUUAUUAUUAUUCGUUUGUUUUUUUUUCUUUUCCUCCUUUUUUACUUCCUUUGGAGGUUAUUAUUUUCAGCAAUUAUUUUUUUGACAAUGAGUGCAGAAAAAUAUAACUUUGUAAAAACAUUAUUUAUAUUGAUAUAAAGGAAGCAAAGAGUGGAAUGUUGUGUGA